AACCCCGCCCCCCUGGUCAACUCCCCCAUGACGUAAGCAGAGUCCUCCCAAUGCAGGGCUGUGUAGAUGGGCACUAACUGCAUCGUGGAGGGAAACGUGCAUUCAUCCAGUCGGUGAGGUGUGUCAGUCACAACCCAACGGAUCCAACGAGCGGACAAACACUGCUGUAGCUCCACGCGUCCACCCACACAGCAGUGAAUAUCAAGAGGGACAUUAAAAGGGAAUAUAGCACCCAUGCAUACAUGAAUGUAUGCAGAUUUUCAGGGUGUUGGAUGUUUCCGAGGAUGUAAAAGUGGACUGUUGCUGGAGCUGCUACCACAUUGAGGCUGGGUUAUGACUUCAGACCUCCCUGGAGUGUUGCAUGUUUCCUGGGAUGGAAUAAUCACCUUUUUCAUUUUUCAGAAGGAUAAUUGACAACUCAUUUUUUCGUUCUCCAUGGUGCUUGAAGGCAGGGAGAUCAUGGACGGGAUCGGGAACACCAUGCAGAAGAAGGCUGCGGAGCUGGAGCGUCUGGCCGAGGUGCUCGUCACCGGGGAACAGCUCAGGCUGCGGCUCCACGAAGGAAAGGUGAUCAAGGAUCGGCGGCACCAUCUGAGAACUUACCCAAACUGCUUUGUGGCUAAGGAACUCAUUGAUUGGCUGUUGGAACACAAGGAGUCCUCAGACCGAGACACGGCCAUCAAGAUCAUGCAGAAGCUUUUGGACCAGAGCAUCAUUCACCAUGUGUGUGACGAGCACCGGGAGUUCAAAGACAUGAAGCUGUUUUAUCGCUUCCGCAAAGAUGAUGGCACGUUCCCGUUGGACAGUGAGGCCAAAGUCUUCAUGAGGGGGCAGAGGAUCUAUGAAAAGUUGAUGAACACUGAAAAUAGUCUUUUACAAACCAGAGAAGAAGAGGGAGGGGCGUUCGAGCGGACUCUGGUGGCCUCUGAGUUCAUCGACUGGCUGCUGCAGGAGGGGGAGAUGCCGACCAGAGAGGAGGCAGAGCGGCUGGGGCGGAGGCUUCUUGAGCACGGUAUCAUCCAGCACGUCACCAACAAGCAUCACUUUUUGGACGGGCCCCUCCUCUUUCAGUUCCGAAUGAAUUUCAGGCGUCGGCGGCGAUUGAUCGAACUCCUUCAUGAGCGCAGCCGCAGCAUCCCUGAGAGUCACGACAGCCCCUUCUGUCUCCGCAAACAGAACUCAGACGGAGGCAACACCAGCUUCCUCUCAGUGAGUCCCACUAAAGAGAUAAAGGUGGUCGUGGGGGUUCGGCGGAGCAGCAUGAGCAGCAGCUGUGGAAGCAGUGGAUACUACAGCAGCAGUCCCACACUCAGCAGCAGCCCCCCUGUGCUCUGCAACCCCAAGUCUGUUCUGAAAAGACAAGUGAGUCCAGAGGAGCUACAGACACCAGGAGGACCUUUUCUAAAGAAGACAGUCACUAUUGUGGGUGACGCUGUGGGCUGGGGCUUCGUGGUGCGGGGUAGUAAACCCUGUCACAUCCAGGCCGUGGACCCUGGUGGACCUGCAGCUGCUGCUGGCAUGAAGGUGUGUCACUUUGUGGUGUCCGUGAACGGACUGAAUGUCCUCUCUCAUGACUAUCGGACCGUCAGCAACCUGAUCCUAACUGGACCCAGGACAAUCGUCAUGGAGGUGAUGGAGGAGGCAUAGGUUUGAUGAGAGCUACGACAGAAGUCUUCAUUCAUAAGAAGUGCGGUAAUAACUGGAGACUACAUGGUUUAGUACUUGACCGUGAAACCAGAGCAACAGAGCAACGUGGACGACUUUGAACCUCUCUGUCCUGUCAUUGUUUGGACAAAGUGGAUGACUGAGCAUGUUUUAAGAAUGUUGUUAUUCGAGUUGAGUCAAUGAUUCAAUCUGUGGCCAAAACACACAGGUUGUACUUUCUUUUAAGGUAUAAGAGCCACCACCUCACCUCACAUCAGACGGCUUCUCUAUGGCCUAAAGGACUCUUAGUCCUAAUGAAGAGGCCUGUGAGACUUUGUGUGUUGUUUGAUCAAGGAACCAGAAGAUGAUUCAGUCUCUGGACAUGCUGACUGGUUUGAAAGAAAGUCAAAGGAUACGCAACAUUUCUUUUAAUCAAGAGACGGACGAUUCAAGAAAGCUGAAACUGUGAAGAAGAGGAAGAAUAUCUCCUGUUAACACAUUCAGUGACCUCUCCCCCAGUUACCGACAAACCACAGACUGAAGCUCCUGAUGGCUCAACACUGCCCUCUGCUGGGAGAGACAGGACGUCACAAACAGGGAAACUUGUUUGUCAAUUUGUUUUGUUUUUUUCCUUUCUUCAGGGGCUAUCUUUAAAAAAUAGACAAUGUUCCCAUGUUGUGUAAAAUGCAACUACAUUGCCGAGGUAGAUUUAUAUUUAGCUGCUAGCAUUUACUUUACAUUUACUACUGCAGUGAUAUGCUGUAUGUGACAUUAACAGGCACAAUGUACAUAGAAAAGUUAUGAAAGACUUGAUGCACAAACUAAAGAAACAUGGUGUUUAUGGGAUGAAGCUUCAUUUCAGUUCAAACUUAAACAAAGCAGCAUUAAGAGAACAUCUAAGAAACUUUUUAAAUGUACUUUCUUUCAAAGAAUUUAACACCCUUAUCUUUGCUGGUUUAUUCUAACCUUUUUAUUUUGAUCAAUUUUGGGGGUCGAGAAGUUGUUCAAAAAUGACGAGAUGUGAUUGAUUUUCAGAUAUUUGUUAUUAUCUGAGAGAUAAGACAUUAGAGAGUGAAUCUUCUCUGUUAUACUUAAUGUUGGGUUCUCUAAAAUACCAUCAUCAGAUAAAGAUGAGUUGUGUUCCCUUUUUUUGGUAAAAAAAAAAAAAGAAAAUAAGUGAUUGACGAGGUGUCAUAAAUGUGGCAAUGCCAAAAUAAACUGAAAUUUCCAGGUUAUGACUCCAGAUGAUCUAAACAGAUAUCCUUAUGGCCGGGCUGGCCUCAAAUUUAAUCCCUGUUUUUGUUCAUUCUUUGACGUUUGAAUUGAUUGAGAUUAAAAACAUAAGCACUUAGACUAUUAAACAUUUUUCUCAUUGAUGAAAGCUUUUAGACAAUAGUGCUUCACUCGUUAGAAUAAAGCUAAGAAUUUAAAUAUGUUGAAGUAAACACUCAAUCACACUCGGCUAGAACGAAGCAAAGUUCAACUCCUCUUCAUCAGACUAGAGUGGCAGAUGUUAAAGCUAUGUAAAUCUUUGAUUUAUUGAAAUACAUAUAAGAUACGACAUACGAGAUAAUACACAUUUCUCAUAUAAAUAUAAAUGAGAACAUCCCAUCUUCAGCAAUGUGAAAGUAGCCUGCAUUAAAGAUGAUGUCAUUGAGUGGGAUAUAAUAUAUUUCUUGUAAAAUUCAGCAUUUAGAGAUGAGGUCUCCUCUUCUGGUUGGCCCAUCUGGGACUUGGUUGUGGGAAGAAAAUAAUACACAUACAGUAUAUAUAUACAGAGCAGUUUUAUAAAUCUAAUUGAACUGUACUCCUCAUAUGUUUCAUUUUUCAUAAAAGGAACCUCUCACGAUGACGUAACCUGACAAACAUCACACAUGUCUUUUAAGGCCCCACUAAAGCAGGUUAAACAAAUAACCUUAGAAAACCUUCAACUUUGACUCAAUCAUUGAAGCAGACUAAUAUUUUGAAUGAAUGGAUUUGUAACCUUAAAGUUGAUGUUAGAAUUAACAGUAUGUUUAUAGAGUGCACCAUCUUGUGCUUAGACAUCCUAGCAUGAGAAAACCUCAUUUAAAACUUUAUAAAGAAGAGCAUGAUUAAUUUUAUAUUGCUCCUAAAGUAACACUUAGUAAGACGUGUCUGUUAUCCAUCGUAUCUUCCUGAGUAAGCACUUGUUUAAUUGUCCAUUUGAUACAAAACAACACUGCCUAGUUCAUUGGACGUGUAUUUAAUUAAGGCCUAAAGUGAAAUAAUGCUUAAAAAGCUAAAUUAAACUGCAUUAAACUGAACUUUUUCUAUCAAAGGUGAGCAUAUAUUCAGGUAAUCAUCAUCGCCAAACAGUAGAAUUACUCGUCUGUCACGGUGAUCUGCCUCUAAGUGUCUACAGUUAGUAUUCAGUGGACAUCUCUUUGGUGUUUCUCAGUGUGCUUCGAUGUUGUGAGCAGUGAAAUGCAUGGUUCCUGUAAAUCUGUGCUUCAGUAGCGUUAGCUUCUAAUCCAAAGCGCUUCUUCAGUCUAUUGUAGGACUGACUCAUGUGACAAAUCCUUUCAGGAGUAGAACUGAGCCUCUUUUCCUCACACGCUUUCAGGAUCCCCACCCAUUUCCAGAGAGUUUACAGAACAAAGUGUGUAAAUAAGACAUUUAUCAGAGUAUUAAAGAGAUGGGUGAUGUUUUCUGCCUGACUCUGAUGGACAUUUAUGACAUUUUAACUUUGUGGCUGAUCUUAAAAUUGUCCUUCUGACGCUGGAUUGUGCCAUACUACACACUAUACUUUGUAAUCCUGUUCAUCUGAAGCUGAUUGAGAUUUUCUUUGUGGGGUUUGCUGUUUGGAGAGAAUAUAAUGGGAGAUGUAGACGCAGAUGUUUUAAUAGUCUUUCAUACUUUUUCACAUUUCUUUGCAGCUAAUCAUCAGGUAACCUUACUGUGCUGCAGAGAUAUCUACAUUUAGCAUAAGUUCAUUUUCAAUUUCAAUCCCACCUUCUAUACCUGCAGUACUUUUUCUCUUAACACUGUAUAGAAGUGAUGUUUCUCUUUUGACUCUAUCGUUUUAAAAUGGUACAAAAGUUGUUUUAAGGACUUUUUUUGGAGAUAGAAAUAUGCAGAAGUGAGGCAGAAGUGUUUCACAUGUGGUCAUUGGCUGCAACAUGUUCUCUGACUGUUAAACUACACACCUGAAAGCAUUUGCCUUAACACCUUAUUUGCUGCUAAUCCCACUUUUUGGUAAUUUAAUCUCUUUUUCUUUUCUCUGCUCUGUUAGCUCCGACUUCACAUUUAUAAAAGUGUUUAUUGUACUAAGUGGUCAUGCGUCAGUUCUGUUGACAAUCAGUGUUUAACACACACCACCUUUAAAUAGCACAACAGCUGUUUGAAAGUAAUGAUCCGACUGAAUGUAUUUCACCAUCAUCACCCACAUUGUGCUGUAAACAUUAUUAGUGUUAUACUCUAAUGAACGAUUCAUAUAUUUGAAUAAAGGGAUUCUUUGGUUCAAGUUCACCUCAUGAGGCCACAUCGAGUUGCCUAAAUACUUUUAGCAGGUGCAGCUGUCUGUGUUUUGUUCUCCGCUAACAGAGAUUGAAUGACGGGUUUUUGAUGAUAGUUACCACAGUCUGUUUUUGACAAAGCAGAUAGAACUUAUUCUGACGCUCUGGUGUAAUAAAGAGUUAAUUAAGUGUUUAAUAAACUAUCUGAUUCUA